UUCGAGAAAACCAUUAAAACCUUUUCCCGCUUCUGGUGUGCGACGGAGAACGAAGAGAAGGUGUGAAGCUCUCAUUUAGUCGGCCGAUUGUUCAGUCCUUUUCGUGGGUGCAGAUCGUGUGUCGCUGGGUUGGGCAUCUGGGUUGGGCAUCUGGUUUGGGUGGGUUAGCUUCAGGCCGGUGUGCGUUGGGUGGGUUGAGUUUGGGUCAGAUCCGUGGGCCAUCACGUCGGGUCAGAUUCGUGGGCCAGUAUUUCGGGUCAGCGACGUGGGUUGGCAUUUCGUGGGUGGGUCUGCGUUAAGUGGGUCGGACCGUGUUUCGUGGGUCAUCUUCGCACUUCACCGUCACGGCCAGGUCCUGGUUCCACCAUCAAUCUAUCUGAUUUCCUUCAAUAUAUAGUGUUAUUUGCAUGAUAUAAAAUUUGAUAUAUAUGUGUGGGCUUCGUUGCAUUUGCAUGAACAUGGUAAUAUUUAGACGUGGCUCUGUUUUGUGGCAUUUGCAUGAACAUGUUUCCAGUGAGAAUGUUCUUUGUUUGAAAAUGUAUGAAAAUAGUUGUGGUAGGUUUUUGGUCUAGUAUACUUCGUUUAACAAGCCGAUGCUAACUAAGGUUAUAGAGACUUUGAGAAGAAAAGGAAACAAAAACAUGAGCUCACUUGGGAGUGUUUACAAAGAUAUUAAUAACACCACAAGUGGUAUGGUGUUACUGCAAGUUCAAUGCGUUAUUAUAGCACUGAUUGAAUGGCAGUCUUAUAUUAAUUUAGUUGAUAAAAUAAAUCUAACCCAAUAGGCUGGAAUGAAGGUACAUAGUAUUGUUCCUGAACAAAUCCAAAUUUAUUUAUUUUUAAUUAUGCUGACUGAAUAAAAAUAAAACCAAUGAAGAGCAUCUAAAAUUAGAAACUUUUAUUAUCAUAUAUUGCUGCUAAAUUUGGUCAAUCAACUUGAUUCCUUAUUUCUCAAUUUGGUAAAUGAGAAAUUGUUUUAGUUGCACUAUAUAGAAGAGUGAGGGGACUAUGUCUUGGUCAGUGAGAUGAUUGGAAGAUUUAAUGUUUCCAGUGCAAAAGAUUGUAUACUAGUGUAUUAUUUUUAACCCUAACAUAAUAUAUAGUGCUUAAAUGGGACGAGAUAAAUGCACUAAUUGCAUAAUGCUUAUGGUUGAUUGGAGUUUAAAUCCGUUCCAUAAGUCUACUGAAAUUGAGAUGCAACCAAAUAUUAUUAUAUAAUGACCAUGCAAAUGUUCCCGGCAGUAUGAGUAUACUAAGAAUCUGGCUCAAAGUUCAUAUUUACCUUUUUGAGAUAGGUUUUUAUGAUGAUAAUUGUUGGCAUUUGUGUUUCACACAUAAGGGGAAUACCAUGACUAAUAGCUUGAAAAUUGAGUAUUUGAUGUAUUGUUGUUUGUUGCUAAUAUUUUUUUCCAGAAAAAUUGAAAAAUAAAAUAAAAUCUUGGCUUCCAACAUUCAGGUUUUAACUCAAAUGAGAAAAGGUGUGGAAAUUGAUUAGUAUAUACUGUUAUCAUUUUAUUGCACUUCAACUACCUCAGUGAGAUUUAAGCUAUAAAAUUAACAAAUAAACAGGUUAAUGAACCAAGCUAGCAUACUUUAUUUGAUGAAAUCCCAAUAUUGUUAUAAAUGGAAACCAGAUUUUUUGUUCCCUUUAUUAAUAGCAAUAAAAAUAAAUGGAAACCUAAAACAACAUUGAUUAUUUAGUUCUUGCAGUUUAGGUUUAAAUGAGAUACCUUAUAUUAUUUAUUUAUUUUUCUUAAAGGGCAGCAAAACGCAAGUGUUCCAUUUCAACCUGGGAUGGAACCGGCAAGACCAUUUUUCACUACUAGCUCUGCGACCAGCGAAAGAUUUGGUGAAGAAAUUAGACCCGAUUGUGAUGAAACUGAAGCAGCAUGUACUGCCGAUAUUGUUGAUGAAGAAUAUCGCCCAGAUAGAGCAGAUGAUUUUGUAACUCAACCUGUUUCUCCCGGUACACCACAUGUAGUCACAUUGUCGGAGGGUGGUGAUGAUAUCAUUGAGGAGCCGAAGUCAGGGAUGGAGUUCAAUACGUUUGAAGAUCUGUUGGUCUAUUAUAAACAGUAUGCAAAAAGUAGUGGGUUUGGGGUGAUGACACAAAGGAGUGAGAGGGUUGAUGAUCAAAGUGUCAGAUAUGUCACCCUUGGUUGUGCACGUGGAGGGAAGGCCCGGAUUAAGAGUUCCAAUCCGGCGAACCCACGUCCGACGGGCAAGACUGACUGUAAGGCCCGGAUUAAUGCACUAAGAAUUGAAGGAAAGAUGCGGUUGACAACAGUGAAUAACGCACAUAAUCAUGUAAUCAGCCCACAGAAAUCCCGCUUCUUUCGGUGUAAUCGAGAAGUUAGUGAGACCGUUAAAAGAGUCCUAGACACAAAUGACUUAGCUGGCAUCCGAAUGAACAAGAGUUACGGAUCUCUUGUGGUUGGCGCAGGUGGCUUUGAGAAUCUCCCAUUUUUAGAAAAGGAUUGUCGCAAUUACAUCGAGAAAGCCCGACAUCUGCGACUUGGUGCAGGUGGAACUGGAGCACUUCGUGAUUAUUUUAUGAGGAUGCAGUUUAAGAAUAACGGCUUUUUUGCGUUGAUGGAUUUAGACGAUGACGGGCGGUUAAAAAAUGUUUUUUGGGCCGAUCCACGUAGUCGGGCAGCCUAUAAGUAUUUUGGUGAUGUCGUGACAUUCGACACCACAUAUCUGACUAAUAGGUAUGGGAUGCCCUUUGCACCAUUUGUUGGUGUAAACCAUCACGGGCAGUCAAUUCUGUUGGGAGCUGGAUUGAUUUCCAGUGAGGACACGGCGACAUUUACAUGGCUGUUCCAAACCUGGUUGCAGUGUAUGGAUGGAAUAGCUCCGAAGGCUAUUAUUACUGAUCAAGACAGAGCAAUGAAAAAUGUCAUUGCUAUUGUCUUUCCUGAAGCGCGACAUAGAUUUUGCCUAUGGCAUAUACUUAAGAAAGUCCCCGAGAAGCUUGGAUCAUAUGCGACAUACCGACUUGGGUUGAAAACAGAGCUGAUGAAAUGUGUGUACGACACACAGACGAUUGAGGAGUUUGAAGUCCGUAUUCAGGAGUUCACAAAACAGGUUACAUAUUCAGUGGAGUUUACUGUGGAUGACUGUAAUGCCAAGUGUUCAUGUGGGUUAUUUCAGAUGAGAGGGAUACUGUGUAGGCAUAUUUUGGCUGCAUUCAAAGCUAAUGGUAUAAAGUCAUUGCCAAACCAGUACAUUUUAGAUCGAUGGAGGAAGGACAUCAAGAGGAGAUACACUUUGAUCCGAAGUAGCUACGAUGCAGGGGAUCAGAUUGCAAACGGUAAUAGACACACAAUCCUGUUGAAUUUGUGUUAUGAGAUGAUAGAUUAUGCGGUGGAUUCAGAUGAGCAAUUUGAAGAUGCAAAGAAAAGGAUUGAGGAGAUGACUGUUACAUAUCGUCAGAACCAGCGCCCCUUAUCUAGUACACAAACAGAUUUGGUAUCUAGAUGUACGACAAGUCAGACUGCAGUUGGUGGGUCCCAACAAGUUAAGAGUCCACUUAAUGUCAGAGGGAAAGGAAGACCCCCAUCUCUUAGAAGAGCAUCUAGGAUGGAGAUAGACAUGAGGAAGCUUAAAGCCAAACAGAAGAAAACGCAAGUUGGAGGAAAGCGCAAACAGCGAGAUGAGAGGGAUACGGGAUCCAUGGGCAUGCCCAUGACUUUGUUUGAUGAGAGGGAUACAGCACCCAUGCUCACUCGAAGGAAUUUAUUUGGGCCAUCAGAAGUAGACCUCACCCAUCCUGUUCAACUGCAGCAAGUUCUAGAUCAUUCUGUGGAGUUUAACAGUAUUGGAACCACGCAACCUCAUCCCAUACUUUCCAGUCAAGAAAGUAUAUUUUUUGAUUGGAUGGACCACAACCGGAGCUCUUUGGGUGGAGAUGGGUCACAAGAGUUUGACUAAACUCUUUCAUGAUGUGAGGCCAGGAUUUUCUGUACAUAAUGUAAUUAUGUAUGUGGAUAUCAAAGUUGGAUUUUUUGGUGUAUUUUUGUGUGGCAAGGAGUAGGUGAUUUGCCAAAAUCACCUACUCAAAUUUGUGUUAUUUGAUGUGAUGGAAACAGUGGGUAUAAACUCCAAUUUUAAUUAUGUCAAUAUUACAGGUCAUGA